GUGUAAUGACGAAAAAAUGAAGAAAAAAUGUGAAAGCAGCAAAGAGAGGAAGCUCGGAGAUGAUGAUGCAGCAAGGCCAAUUGAGAUAAUUGAUAUUGAAAAUGUUCUCCUUAACACUCCCAUCUCAUUGAUAGGACCCAACAAAGAGAGGGACGCACCACAGAAACAAUGUGACAGCAGCAAAGAGAAGGAGCUGCGAGAUGAUGAUGGAAGGCCCAUAGAGAUAAUUGAUAUUGAAAAUGUUCCCCUUUUCACUCACAUCUCAUUGAGAGGACGUAACAAGAAGGAUCCAAUCUUGGUUGAGCAAUAUGCAGAAGACAGAGAACUUCAACAAGCAAUCCACACCUCAAACCUUCAAGCUAGAUCAAUUAUUGACCUCUCAGAAGAAGAUGAACUAGAGGAAAUAGAGCCCAAUAUAGCAUUAAGGUUUCGAAAGACAGCCUUUUUAAAUCCUUCAGUGACUGAAAUUGAACAAUCUUCUAAUUCAAAUUCUUCCAUGACUGAAACUGGGCAAGCUUCCAGCUCAAAUGAUCCAACAGUUGUUUGUGAAAUCUGUGUCGAGCUCAAAUCACAGAGUGAGUUGUUCAACAUAAAGGGCUGCACACACUCAUACUGUUCAGAGUGCAUGGUCAAGUAUGUGGCCUCAAAGAUCCAAGAGAACAUAACAUUGAUCCGAUGUCCUGAAUCGAAUUGUAAAGGAGUGUUGGAACCUGAGUUCUGUCAGUCCAUUCUUCCCCCUGAGGUGUUUGACCGCUGGGGAAAUGCUCUAUGUGAGUCUCUUUUUCUUGGAUCACAGAAACUUUACUGCCCAUACAAGGACUGUUCUGCACUCCUACUAGAUGAUGGAGGGGAAGUUGUUCAAGAAUCAGAAUGUCCAAAUUGUCGUAGAUUGUUUUGUGCACAAUGCAAGGUACCCUGGCAUUCUGGGAUUUACUGUCAGGACUUCCAGAAAUUAAGUGAGAAUGAGAGAUCGAGAGAGGAUAUCAUGUUAAUGAUGCUUGCAAAGCAGAAAAAAUGGCAGAGGUGUCCUAAGUGCAAAGCAAUAGUUGAGAGAAUUGAUGGUUGCUUGUAUAUGAAAUGCAGGUGUACAUAUGCCUUCUGUUACAACUGUGGGUCUGAAAUGACUGGUAACAGCCAUUACUGUAUCAAGUGUAGGCAUUAAUCUUCAGAAAGAGUCUAGAUACCUUUUGCCAUCAACAUUAAGGUCACCGUUGAGUGAUUUCUCUUUUACAUGUAUAGAUCUCUAAAUUCAAGGGAUGACAAACAUAGAUGCCAUUGGUUUAUACUGGAUGCUGGAACAUUUUAAAAUGCAAAUAUUGUGAAGUAGUUUUAGAUUUUA